AUGUUCGAAAAUGACCUCCACUCCACGCGCGAAACACUUGCCGGCAUCUCGUCUUUGAUUCCAUCUGCGUUCUACAGCGGGCUUGGCUCAUGGCUUGUCGGUUCGUUCAUUAGUACCUUGUUGGAAGGGAUCCUGCUAUUGCAGACGUUCCGCUACUUUCGGCUAUAUCCGAAGGACCCGCCAUACCUCAAGAUUUGGGUUGGCAUAACGGUUGCCUUGCAGACCGUCUCUGUUGCCUUGGCUAUACAUACCUGCUACUUCUACAUGGUAUCAAACUACUUCAACCCCGGGAUACUCUUGUCGGGCGUUGUUGUCUCUGCGACGGCUACAACCGUCAUCGGUCCUGUCAACAUUUUGCUCGUUGAAAUGUUCUUUGUACGGAGAGUGUACAUGGUCGGAGAACAGUACAGAAAGUUUGCCAUUCUUCCAACCCUUUUGAUUCUCGGUGGCGUCGGUUCAUAUUUCGCUCUUACCGCUGAAGCCUUUGCCAUCAAAAAUCUGACUCAAGACGUGGCCGCCGGUCAAUGGGGCGGCGGUGCUAUCACUGCGUCUUCGCUCCUACUAGCGGCGGACAUCCAGUUGACUGGCGUUCUCAUAUACGCUCUCCACACCAGUAGGACUGGCAUACAACGGACCAGCUCAAUGAUAAACCUGUUAAUAUUGUAUACUAUCAGCAGUGGGCAUCUUCAACAUAGGCUCUGUCAUUCUGUCCACAGUCAUGCCACACAAUGUCGUUUUCACAGUGUUCCUUAUCGUGGGCCAGCAAGUCUACAGCAACUCGCUAGUCACUGCCCUCAUUUCAAGACGCUUCAUCCAAAAACAUGGAGAUAUGAGUAGCUCUGACCUGAGCCCGUACCGUUUCCCACCAGUCCGAAGCGGCCCGAGCACUGGGACUAUGGUCAGUGGACUGGAACUCGGAUCGAUGGCGUUCGCUAGAGGAACAACCACGACGAGCUCCAAAGAUGUUGUGACUACGGGUUCCGUCGCCGCUCUGCAGUUUGGGGUGGAUUCUCGGCCCCGGCUCUCAGAUACAG